UUAUGUUUCAGCGAAAGUGGGAAAGUGAGUCAUUACAUCAUCAACAGUAUAGGCACUGGUUAUAAAAUAGGAGAGAACACCUUUCCCGACCUACAUAGUAUUAUAGAAUUUUACAAGAAUCAUUUUCUGGAUUCUACAAACUUAACAGAACCGCUGUUUAGAGUACAAGCUCAGUAUCCAUUUACAGGAAAGGAUGCGGAGGACCUCAGUUUCAAAAAAGGCGAUAUUUUAGUUGUUGUGGAACAAAACGAGGAGAAGUGGUGGACUGCUAUGGAUGAACAAGGCAACAAAGGCCUUAUUCCAGAACCAUAUGUUAAAAAGCUUGUCGAUCUUCAGCCACAACAGCAGCCAGUGUCUCCUGCACAGUCGACUGUUCUUUCCAACCUGGGAAAUGACCAAAGAAGAUCAAUGCCUCCGCCGACAACUACAACACCAGACAAUAGUAACAGAAGAACGUCCGUACCUCCCAAUAUGAGACCGCACCCAUCGCCCGCUUUCAUGGGAGGAUCCAUGUUAGUGCGUGCCACACGAAAACAUCUGAUGCCAUACGAUGACUCAACACUCGCUUUUGAGAAAGGAGAUAUCAUCACGGUUCUCAAGAAACAGGAUAAUGGAAAGUGGUUUGGUCAGCUUGGUGACAGAACAGGAUACUUCCAGUUUAACUAUGUGGAGAGUAUACCACAAAGUGAAAAUCCAGAUUGAAAAGAAUUGGUGCCACAACUAAAUGUAACUACUGUUGAAAAUUAGGAUUAGAUGUAACUAGGACUUUACUGUCAAUCAACUGUCAAUUAUCUGGGAAUGUCAAAUGUAAUAGGCCCUGUUCAGGCAGUGUGAGCCUAAUUGGUAAUCUUAGGGUGAUUUUCAUUUAUCAGGUCUGGCUGUUGUAAUGAAUGUUUCACAAGAUAACAUUGCUGAUCUCUGAACCUCAAAAAUGUGGCUGUAGUGGUUAGAGACCAUCUUGGCUCCAUAUUAGCGUGGGGAGCAGAGAGAUGCCCAGUGAGAAAUUAUAUAUUCUAGGUUCCAUGAGGUGCUCUUUUCUGUGUUGUGAAAACUUUGUAACCAAACAUCUGGGUUUAGAAUGACAGAUUUCAAAUUUUCUAACAUCAAAACCUUCUCCCCUCUUCUGCAAAGAAAAACAAAAAAUAAGUAUAUUUGUCUCUAGGGAAGAACAUUUGAUUGAAGGUGUAAGCUCAGCUGCCAGCUUUGGAACAGAACUAAAAUUCAAUACAGAAUUCUUCAUUUCACUUGUCAUUACAACAAUCAUCUUUUGAACUAUCAAGACCUGACAAAUGAUAAGCACUCUUUGACCACUUUCCAAGAAAUUGUUGGUGUCACAUACAAAAGUUGUGGACUAUUUGUGAUUGUUGAGAAAUUUAAGUGCUGUAAUGUAAAAAGCAACCAAGAUAUGGCACAUUCAAGCACUUUGAUAAUAAAGACAGCUUAUUCUAGCAGACCGGAAAGUUUUAGUUAGAAUAUUGAUUGUGAGAAA